AUGGCUAAGAGCCAGUCUUUCUGUAUGCAAAUUUGGGUUCAGAUAUAUGAGUAUUUCGUGGGGCUGGGUCAGCACCUCCAGGACUUCUGGAAUGCCAGUAUUAAGAGUUAUUUUGCUAAGAAGAAGGAGGAACCACAAGUCCCUUCAGCUGAGAGUAUUUUUCACAAAGAAAAAAUCAUGGUACUUGGCCAGAUGUUGCAGGAUGAAUCUCUACCCCUUGAAGAGAGAGCUCAAGCUGCCCAGAAAAUUGGACUGUUAGCCUUCACAGGAGGACCAACCGCUGGGAAAUUUGCAACUGAGUAUAUGAAAGAAGUAGCUUACUUGUUGCAAGAUCAUGAGAUGGCACCAGAAAUAAAGAUCCUUCUGCUACAAAGUAUAGCAUGUUGGUGUUACUUAAACCCUGUCAGCCAGAAAAAAGCCAAACAUCUGCGACUUGUUCCUAUUCUCAUUUGUUUUCUUAAAAGCAAACUUGAGUCUACCAUCAAAAAUGAAAUAAACAGUGACCUCCUCGUUAAAUUUUGGACUUGUUAUGCUCUCUCUGUCAUGACAUGCAAUAACGUGUCUUUCGUGAAAGAGCUUAAAGACCACACUAUUCUAAAAUAUCACUUGCAAGUAUUGGCUUCUGAGAAUUGGUCUGGAUGGCCUGAGAAUUUUGCAGAGGUGCUAUAUUUUCUAAUUGGUUUUCACAGAAAUUAA